AUGGCGGGUGAUGUGGUGGUAGAACUUCAUCCCGACACUAUCUGUGGUUCAAGCUCCCUGGUCGGCGAGAUUACGGAGCGCCUGUCCAAGAUUCUGAACUUCUCCAGCUUUGGCAUCAAGUUGGUGAGCUCUGGAAUCGUUCUUGCAGAUCAGCAGUCCUGGCAUGAGCUAGGGAAGCCCCAAGAAAUCCAGCUAGUCACCCUGCCCUUGGUAACCCACUUGGAGCGGGACUUGCUGGCAGCUGUUCGAAAGGAGGACGUGUGCAAGGUUGAGAAGAUUCUGCAGAAGCCCCAUGAUGCCGCAUGCACGUAUCCUGAUGGCACGCCCUUGUUGGUUGAAGCCAGCCGCAAAGGUAACCACGAAAUCGUAAAGCUGCUGCAUAGAGCACUUGCGGACAUAGACUCGACGGGACGGAACGGCCGCACAGCGCUCUAUGAGGCCAUCGCUGCUUAUGACCUGGCCCGUGGGCAUUUCGAGGUCGUGCACUUCCUGGUCGAUGCGGGGGCGAACACUGACAAACCUGACUGGUUGGGAAACACUCCCCUCCAUGCGGCUGUAAGUGGCGGAUACAACACAGAGGUGGUUCGCCUGCUGCUCAAGGCUUCUGCAGACAUGGAUCGGCCCAACAGCCAAGGGGUCACCCCCUUACGAGCGGCCGCCCGCUGGGGCCACGUCGAAGACGUUGCCGCGCUGCUCGAGGCUACCUCCGAUCCCAACAAGGCCGACACCUCGGGAGGGACAGCGCUCCUGGCAGCCGUGCUGCGUGGCAAUACGCGAAUGGUUCAAUUGCUGGUGGAGAAGCAGGCUGAGGUGGACCAGGGUCAGCAGCAUGAAGCUCCGCUACUGGCCGCCAUUCACUCACGGCAUGUGGAAAUCGCACGCUGCCUGGCUAACGCGCAGGCGGAUGUGAGGAGGACGAGUGCCGACGGCAUGACGCCUCUCCAUGCAGCUGCUGCCCAAGGACACCUGCCCAUGGUGCAGUUUUUGGUGCAGGCAAACUGUGCCCCUGAUGUGAACAAGGCUGACACUACUGGUGACACUCCGCUGCUGUCGGCCAUCUGGCUCGGUUUUGCGGACGUCGUCCGCUUGCUGAUAGACUGCAGAGCUGACGCAGACCAUGCAGACAAGUCGAACAAUACGCCCCUGCAUGCAGCUGCAACGCAAGGUGACAUUGCCAUCGUCCAAUGCCUAUUAUCAGCUCGGGCAGACCCCAAUAGCUCCAACGAUGAACGUGAUACGCCCUUGUUCACAGCGGUCUGGUCAGAUCAUGUUGAACCUGUACGCCAGCUCUUGGACGCGGGUGCUGACAUGCAGGCAGUGGAUGGCAAGGGCAGCACUGUGGCCCAUGUAGCCGCCCGCUUGGGUCGGGCUCCCCUCAUCCGGGCCCUGCUUGAAGCCAGGGCGAAUAUGGAGCGAACAGACAGCCAGGGCUACACACCGCUACUCGAAGCAGAAGCCGGAGCACACCAGGAAGUGGUGGAUCUCUUGUUGGGCCGCUCUGAUGCCUGGGAUGCAGACAAUGGUCCACCCUCCUUGGGUCCUUCUCGUACCUAUGGGUACCCAUUGGGGUAA